UUUAAACAUAAUUUUAUUUUUUAAUUACACCUCGUUCUUUUUCAAAGUAUUCACAAUAUAUUAUCGCUGAAACUCACUAAAUUAAAUUUGCAUUUGUUGUUUUUUAUGGGUUUUAUAGGAUUUUCUAUUCUCUGGCUUACUCGAUUUUUUGUUAACAAGGAAAAUGACUAUGCUUGGGGUAAGGAGACUUUCUGCAUUGUUUAGAAAUAUUCGGAACUUAUGGUUUCCAUUUAACUUUACUAUAUAAUUUAAACGUAUCACAUCUGUAAAUAAUUAUUUAUUUACUUUCGUUUAAUGCAUAAAAAGUGACACUAACGUAAUACUCAAAAUUAAGAGACUUACUCGGCGACGACAGUAGACAGCAGAGUAGACUCCAGUCCAGUGAAUGUUGACAGUUGUUUAUUCACUACUGUUUACUGUCAGUGUCGCUGACUACUCUGUGUUUAGGCUACAGGCUAGUGUAGGUAGAAGUAAACUAAAAUCUGUUAGUGUAGUGUAGAUCAGGGGGUCAUAAACUAUUUUUUUCACAAGGGCAAAAGAGAUCUUGUGGGGCUAUAGGCUACUAGACUAUAGUAUAAGUAUAAGUUUAAGUAUAAGUCUAGGCUAUGGCCCCAUCCAUGGGGGCUGGAUUAUACUGGAUGGAUUGUGAUAAAAUCAAGUUGGCCUAGGCCUAAUUAAAUCAAUCAAUUGUAUGUAGUAUUAGUAUGUUCAGAAUAAACCACAAGCCACAUUUUUAAAACUUCAAAGGAUUAUUUGAAGGUUGGUGGGUAGGGUGAUAUCACAUCUUUUAUACUUAUACUAGUAAUUACUAGUUAAGGCUGGUUUUGAGUUAGCGGUAAGGCCGAUGAUUUGUUCCAUGAAGGUUCCCCCAGGUCAAAUUUCCGUCUACAGUUUACAGUGCCAUACUAAAAAGAUUUCGAUGUUUGUAUUUACAUAAUGCAAGUUAUUGUUUUUCUUAUCUUAUAUUUGUUGUUAAAUUGGGGAGGGCUCCCCUCCCCAGAGAAUUUCUAUGUUUCUUAUUUUGGUAUUCAAAGUGAGUGGAGGGGUUUGGGGAGGUGAGAAUUCCUAGAAGAUCAUUCCAAAUGCAAUUUAAGUAAAGCAGUAGUCUUCCCUUUGUUACCUAAGUUUCAACAUAUGGGUAUUUUGAUUUCAAUUAAUCAGAAUACAGCAGUUUUGGUGGGCGUCUUUUUUUCACCGGUGUUGGGUCUUGGGGUAUCAGCAAAGAUGUGUUUCUUUUCUUUUGAAACGUGUAAGUUGAAUUUUAAUACAGAUUAUUGAAACAUUUUAUUUCAAUAUACUUCAUAUUAACUGUAUCGUUUAAAAUGCAACUAAAUGCUCAGUAAAGAACAGGAAUGUUAAUUAUAACACACAUCAUUCGGGUCCUUCAAAGAAAAGAUCUAUUCACCCUAAGUCCAGUGUUGGGAUUCCCCAAUGUGAUGUUACUGCGCUUAGGGUGAGAAAACUCUUGGCAAACUGAUACUAUUAACUCAAAAUUUACCCUAGUUAAUUGUUAAUGAUGCAGCCAAAUAAAGUAUGAAGGCCUUAAAGUUAAAGUUAAACAGAUCACAUACAAUAGUCUACUCUGUCUGAAAGGUGCAGAGAUCUAGUGAAUAGUCUUAACCUAAUGAUAUUUCGUAAACAUUAAAAAAUACCAAAGUAUACUUAAUUUCUUUUUUCCUUUUGAUCUUACACUUUACACAAAGUUAAGUUGGCCCCUAUGUUUAAUUAAAAUUUUUAGGUACAUAGUUGGAAGGAAUUCUAUAAUUAUAUUAUUUUCUUUAAAGCAACAAGGGCAGUGCAAAUUUGAUGAGAAAUGGCCUUCUAUGAGACCCACAGUUCUGAAACUGCUCAGACAAGAAUCAGUACCUAGACAAGAAUGGCAUGAUUUAUUUUGGUAAUACUUUCCUUUAUGGAUUUUUUUCUACUUUAAAUGAAAUUUCUGUUAAUAUUACUAUAUUUUUUUUCAAAAAUAUUUAAUAAGAUUAUAUUUAAUAGAAGUUUUAUAAAUGCCCUUGUAAAUCUUAUAUAAUGUGAAUUUUGUCUAUUGCUUCUAAUGGCAGUUAAGAGUUUAAUUUCAUUUAACAGUCACCAAAAUGAAAAUGAUCCAGAGUUAUAUUUUUUUUUAAAAUAAGCAUUUUUAUCUUUUACUGAAAAUAGAAAGUGAAAAAAUCUUUCUUUAAAGAUAUCGUAAGUGCUAUUACAGUGUUUGUUACAAAUAAUAAUAACAAGUUUUUAAUUUGAAAAGCAACAAACUCUAAAUUUAUAUGAAAUGUUCUUUUUUACCGUCAUUGCAGGGCUAAGUGAAAUAAACUUAAUGAUGGGUUAACUUAUUACAUUUUCUAUAUCAUACUUUAUUUAUGUAGGUCUAUAUUUAAAAUUAAUAUUGAAAAUGUAAUAAUUUAACCCGUUAUUAUGUUAAUUUUUUUAAUAUGCCAUGUACAAAUAAUUUUCAUACCUAAUGUCUAUUUAUACCAUCAUUAAAUUCACUAGCAUGCCUGAUUAGUCACCUGUCUACUUUUAUAGGUUAACCGUAAUUUGUGUCCCAUUUUAAGGUUAUUCCAUUGCAAUGUAUUAUUUAAUAAAUGGAAAUAUUUGCAUUAGUUAAAUCAAUCAACAUUUGCUGAAAAAUUCCAUUUCAGCGUUUUGAGGUAUGAGAUAUGAUUUUAUCAAAAGUGGUGGUUUGGGGGUGGGGGUCGUUUAAAUGCUAUGAGAUUAUAAUUAGAAUCAAAACUCAUUUAAUUGAUUUCAUUAACAAUUAUUUGUAAAGUUUUCAGCUAAAAUUGUGUGAGCUGACUGGGUUAUGAAUAUAUGUAUGGACAUAAUUUUAUAUUUAUUUAAUGUACACAGACAUUUUUUGUCAUGUUUUGUAUUUGAUAUUUGUUAAAAAUAAAUUAUUAUUACUUUCAUCAUUAGGUAUGUGCAUUCUGUUUGUAUGUGGGAUGAAAAAGAAGGCCCAACUCACAUUUAUGAAGCACUAGAGAAGGAUAUUCUUGAAUUCAUUAAACAAGCUCAGAGCGUAAGUAGGAAUGUCUGAUUUGAUUUAAUAUGCAAUUUGACAAUAUAAAGUUAUACUUGCAAAGGGUCAUUCAUGAAUGAUGUUGGGCAAUUUUAUACAUCAUUUUAUUAUAUUGUUAAAUAUAUACAAAUUAAUUUGUCUAAAUAUUAGGAAAAGAUUUUAAUCCUGAAGCUCUUAAAAGUCCAAUAUAAACUGCUUAAAGCCUAGAGGUCUAUUUAAAGAUUAAGAUAUGAUAAUGUUGAAGGUCAGUCACCGUAUUUUUGGAAAGAAAAUGUGUAAUAUUAUAAUAAGAAUCACUUUGGUGUUAUAAGAAUCACUUUGGUGUUCUAAAGAAACAAAAACUAAUAAGCAACAAAAUACUUGUCUGUCUUAUUGGUGAUUCAGCUUUUCUUCUAACCUUUGUAUUAGCUAAAACUUGUAGCAAGUACAUUAAAAUCUCUUUGGUAGCUGGCUAACGAAACUUAAAAAGCAAAGCCACUGAAUCACUUUUCGAUUUAUUACAAACACAGUUCUAUAUUUUAGGCAGCUGUAAAAAACAGCAGAGAAGCAUUACUCAAGUAUUAAAUUUCAUAAUGUUGUUGGUGGAAAAAUAAAAAGAAAUUAGUGUAAAAUAAACUAGAUGAUUUUUUUAAUAUAGCUGAUUAACUGUUAUCUCUUUCUUGCUUUUAAUCUUGCGUUUCUAAAACUUUUGUAUUCUUCGUGACCAACUAAAAUUUUGUCAUUUAUACCUUUAUAGUGUAAAGCAGAUUUGAAUGUCUUAAUAGUUUUUAUAUAUUAUGAUAAAUACCCAUAUACUCUUACUAACUAAAACUUUUAGCGGUGAUUAUAAAAAUUUGAUAACUUAAUUCUAUCAUCAGUUGUAAUGUUGUAUUUUCAAAAUUGUAUCACGCAAAACAGAUAGGUUUAUCAUUUUCUGAUAUGUUUAAACUUUCGAGUUGGAAGGAAGAAAAACAACAGUCUUGUAAGGGAACGAAUGCAACUUCUUGGAUAGUAACUGCGAUCUCCACAAGUUUACUCUUCACUCUGUGAUUUGAGGGCUCCAGCAGAACUAGCUCUUCUCAUCCUGUUCUUAUCAAUUUUAUUUUUGAAUCUCUUAAUUUCGCAGCAAUGAUGUGGGAACAUUUCAGCAAUUGAGGUUAAUCUUUCACCAUGAGAAGUCAAUACAAGGUUUUCAGAUGGAAUGCUUUUAGAAAAUUCAAAGAAAUUUCCUUUUUUUGCACGCUUUAUUUAUGAAAAGUUCAUCUGGCUUACUAAUGAACUUACUGAUAUUGUUACCCAUUAUCAAUUGUUAAAUUAAACAUUAGUAAGCGCAAAAGAAAAAAAAAUCCUCUAUCUGAAUACUAAUACUGACUUGGCGAACUGGUUGCAGAAAAUUUCUUCUAAAUGUUUAUUAUUGUAGACAAUUUUUGUUUAUAAUCUAAAACAUUUUAUCACUUAUCUAAAACUUAUUGUUGUAGGUAUAAGAAAUGGUUUACAUAUUUUUUAAUUUUGUUUUAUUUACUUAGAGAUUUUUGUGAUUUUUUAAAAUUUUUGCCAGAGAGUUCUUCAGCAUAGAGAAGAGUCAGCUCUACUUCGUGCAUAUAUAGCAGAAUGGGGGAAAUUUUUUACUCAGUGUGACUAUCUUCCAAAGCCUUUCACUCAGUUGGAAGCUAAUCUUAUGGGAAAGUUGCAUAGUAGCAUGCCAAAAAAAUCUCAGGCACCUGAUGAAAGUCUAGUCAGAAAGGUUUGAAUGUCAAUUAUUUGUCAACAUAGCUCAUUCUUCUCUGUUUUCAUGUUUUAAAGUGAGAGAACUAAUGCUUGCAAAUUCAAUUUUUAACUGAAAAUCCUAUUGAAUUAGUAGAAUUAUACAUUUUUCUUAUUUUUUUAAACUCAUGAAGGCAAAUUCAGAACCAUGAGCAAAUUUUUCUACUUUGGAUUUAGUUUUAAAAAGCAAUCAAUUAAGAUUUCUAAAAUUUAUUUAGUUUGAUCAGCUGGUAUAAUGAAUAUUUUGAACCCAGAAAAUUAGUGAGAUUGACAGAGUUCUUUUAAUUUAAUUUUUCAGUUGAUGUUGGACAGUUGGAAUUCAAGUAUAUUUUCCAACAUUAAAGACAAACUGCAAUAUAGUGCAAUGAAACUUGUCCAUGCAGAGCGGCAUGGUGAAGCUUUUGAUACCCAACUCGUUAUCGGAGUUCGGGAAUCUUAUGGUUAGUUUUGAAAUGUUAAAUAUUUAUUCUAACAUGUUCAACUUCAAGCUUCUUUAGAAAUUCAAAUACAGAUUUAUCUGUUCCUUUUUUUUUUUUUUUUAUAAAUUAUACAUUAUUUUGUCAGAUAUCCACUUAAUUAUUAUUAUGUGUAUUGAUUAUCCCUUAUUUCAAGCAAGAAAUAAUAGGAAUUUCUACAAGUUUUACUAUAAUUUUUACACUAAAAAUUCUUUAGAAAUUCAAAUACAGUUUUAUCUGUUCCUUUUUUUUUUUUUUUUAUAAAUUAUACAUUAUGUUGUCAGAUAUCCACUUAAUUAUUAUUAUGUGUAAUGAUUAUCCCUUAUUUCAAGCAAGAAAUAAUAGGAAUUUCUACAAGUUUUACUAUAAUUUGUACACUAAAAAGAGUAGGGAUAAAAUAUGCCAGACUAAUGGGAUGGUUAAAUUUAAAACUUAAUGGAAUUUAUGGUUAAAAACCUUUUAAAUCACUAUAAUUUACCUAAAUUAUAAAAUCUGAAAAUAAAUAUACUGUAAAAGGUUAUAAACUGAAUACCUUUUUAAAUUUAACAUUACUUUUAUUUAAAUGUCCAAUAGGAAUAAAAAAGUUUUUUCAUUCAAAAGAUAAUAAAAAACAUUUAAAUAAUUGUAAAGAAAUUAAAAAAGUUCAUCACUGAUAAUUUGGUGCAAUCAAAUUUUUUCCAAAUUUAAAAAUAAAAAAAGUGUACCUUUGAUUUAUCAUUAGUUAAUUCAAAUGCAUAUGUUUUAUCCUGAAGUCAGGGAAUUUACAAAUAAAAGCCAAACUAUGGCCCUGUUAUAAUUCCAAAUUAACUUUUAAUGUACUCAUAUGUUGUGUUGUUUACAGUCAAUCUUAGCUCAGACACAGAAGAUAAACUUAAGAUUUACUGUGAAAACUUUGAAAAGGCUUACCUUGAAGCUGCUGAAAACUUCUAUAAGCAGAAUGCUCCCACUUACUUAGAACAGAAUGGUGUGCAAAAUUACAUGAGGUAUGCAGAUAACAAGCUUAAAGAAGAAGAAGCAAGGGCUAAACGGUAUUUAGAGACUGGCUAUGGGUGCAACUCUGUCAAUAGUGUAAGUUAUUCUUGUGUAAACUAGUCUUAAUGUUUUAAAAUAAAUGUGGGGGGAGGGGGUGAAUCUAAACUAUUAGCUUAAAAAAAUGUAAAUAUGCUGUGGCAUCCAUGCCAACCUGUAUAAUUUACCUGUACUUUUUACAUUUUUCUGGAAUUUCAAAAGUAUUUAGUGCAAUAUUUCAAGGAUUUAGAAUAUAUAACUAUGUCAAUGUUUGCACAUUUGCAGCAACAUUAUAAUUUUGUCACAUUUAUAGAAGACUUCAAAAGCUUUAUAACAUGCAAACAAUACUUUGACUUUAUAAAUAUCUUAAUUUCUAGUAAUUUCUCUAAUUGUUAUACAUUAUGUUAAUUUCCUUUUUUACGGCAGCAUUAGAUUGUACACUAGGUUUAUUAUUAUUGUGUGUAUUUAAAUUACUUGUGCAUAUUUCAGCAAUUGAGGCUUUAGAGAUUUAUAGUGCCAUCAGUUUUAACUGCUUCAAUAUUGUAAUUUAUGCUAAAAGUUGUGACUUGGACAUUUAAAAUAGUUCUAACAUUAAAAAAUACUAAUUGCUUCCUUCUUAUUCUAUUUCCAGUUGAUAGAUUGCUGUGUUCGAGCUUUAGUAACUAGUUUCAAAGACACAAUUCUUGCUGAAUGUGCUAGUAUGAUUAAAAAUAAUGAAACUGAAAGUAAGUUUAGUUUUUACAUUGAAAUGAUUACAAAUAAAUGUCAUGAUUUUAAUUGUUGAGCGUUCAAUAGUAAAAUAUAUUAUUAUUUUCUUGAGCCAGACGAUAAAGAAGGAUGUUGACAGUGGGUCACAAGUAUUUAUAUUUGGAAAUGUUAGAUGUAGAUCAUUUAAAUUGCACAGUUCAUGAAAUAUGCAUUUUAAUAACUGUGCAAAUCAGUGCUUUACAAAGUUUUCAACUUGGUGACACUUUUUGUACAUUCACCAUUUCAGGAAAGUCAUUCAGAUUUCCUAUUGAGGGUGGGUUGGGGAAAAAAUGGUGGGGGAUGUUACCCAUUUUCACAUAUGGAGACACAAACAUAAAGAAAUGUAUGGUGAGACAAAAUUUCUCAUGAAACACUUUUAAUCCUUUUUUAAAAAACAUUAUUUGUUUGAUAAUAAAAUAAGUUUCCAAAAUUAAUUUACUUGCUAUUUAUGAGUUAUGAGGGGAUACAGAGUGACCUUGCAUAUGCCAUGUGACUUACAUGCCAUGCUGAUUGGCUUGUUUGUCUUAAAAAUCUGUGAAUGUUGGUAUAGUUUAUUUUUGUGCAACACUCACCAUUCCGCUAACACACAGUUUAGAAAGCACUAGCAGAAAUACUCAGUCUGAUUAAAGCUUGUAUAAACUAUGUCAGGCUGCAUUUUCAGACUUGACAAUGAAUUAUAAGGUUUAAAAAGGAGAAGAAAAGAAAAAAGAAUGAAAUUAGAUUUACAAUAUUUUUUUAAGGUCCUGAUAAUUGUGCAAAAGGUGUGUAUUACAUUAUCUGUAUACAUAAAGUGCUGAUCCCAUAAGGAGAACCUGCUAUAAUGAAUAAUGCCAUCAUUGAGGAUCAUUUAAUUGGACUGCAUUUGACUUUCAAAUUUCUACAACCACGCCAUGAUCGUAUUAUAUUUAAUUUAUAUACAAGUUCAUCUAAGAGUCUUGCAAGCCUGAGCUGCCUUAUGGCUACGAUCCCAUGUCUAAUAACUAAGAGACAACCCCAACAGACCAUGAAAAUUCCAAUAACUCCUGCAAUGACCCUAGUGGUAAUCUGUAUCAUCCACUUAAUUUUCAUUUGGGAUCACCAUGCACAUGUGGAGAGGGGAUCUGCUGACAGGGAACCAGCUUAUUGUCCUAACAAAAUGCCAGGUCUUGUGAUUUUGUCAGUGAAAACCAGACCAUUAUCUCAUUGAGACAGAUUUAUUGUCUUUUCGUCAUUUGCUAAGUCGAGGCACAUUCAGAUGAAUAAAUUUUCAUUGUUCCAUUUUAUUUUUAGAGCUUAGGCUCAUGUUCAGCUUGAUGGACAGAGUAACUGAUGGCAUUCAGCCUAUGCUGCAAGAUCUUGAAAAUCAUAUCGUCAACCAGGGACUGGCUGAUAUGAUGUCAGCUGCUGAGACAAUAACAACAGUAAGUUGAAUCACAUUUUAUGAUGAAUUUGUGGAAUACAUUUUUGAGACCAAAGAAUGGUCCCCUUGUACCAUACACUGAAUGUGCAAAACAGAGGGGAAAAAUAAAAAAUUUGUCAAUUUUAAGACAUUGGUUCAAAUAGUUUUAACAAAUUAUAACUCUAGAACUAGAACCUUAAAGGUUGUGUUUAUAUUGGAACAGCUUGGUCAGCUGUAGAACCCUUAGCUGGUAUUUUUAUUGGUUGAGCGUAGUUAAAAUUAAACAUUUAAUGUCAAUAAUACGUUUUUUUUAUGAGAUAUUAGGUAAACUGAAGGUAUAUUUUAAUUUUGUUUUAUUUUGAAAUGGCUGAAGCUCACAUUAAAAUGUAGGAUCUGCUUCGUUUAUUACAAACAAUUAAAGUCUUCAACCGCUGCUAUUAUUAGACGUAAUGAUUUUAAAAAUUUAACUUAACCUAUCUUUCUGAUUUAAAAUUUCUUUAGGACUCGGAAAAAUAUGUAGAACAGCUCCUAGAACUUUUUAAUCGAUUUAGUCAGUUAGUUUCUGAUGCCUUCAAUGAUGAUCCCAGAUUUUUAACUUCAAGAGAUAAGGUAAGGGGUUUUAAAAUUGUUUUUAAAAUUCACAAUAUAUUUAUUAAAGUUACAGCAAUUCAACUUUUAAUUCCUAAAUGUAACUGCAGAUAUAAUUAACUUAUUCAUGAUCUGUUAUAAGUGUAUUAAUCUACUUGUUGCUAUAGCUGCAGUUGAUACUGUCACCUUUUUAGAUUGUGUGAAAUAUAAAUAAACACUUAAAAGGUUGUGGAUCACAAUUAGAUUAUGACUAGAGUCAAAAUAUUUUGUGUCUAAUAGAAAUGUUUGUAGUUUCAAGAUAUCUUUGUUUUAUUCAGUUUCUAAACUAAUUAUUUUGUUUGUCAAUUUCAGGCUUAUAAAACUGUGGUAAAUGAUACAUCAGUAUUUAAACUUGAAAUACCUGUAAAAAAUAAAGGGUAAGUGUUUGGUUAAAAAUGUUUUUGACAGUUACCAAUUUCUUUUUUGCAUAGAGAAAGAAUUAAAUGUUAAAUUUAUUGCAACUUCCAGAUUAAUAGUACUAAGUGACUUAACUCCAAAAUGUUAACAAUUGAAUCUAAGAUUCUUGAGAGAGUUGUGUCACAGCAGCUUGUGCAGCAUCUAAACACUUACGACUUACUUGACAAGUUUCAAUCUGCAUAUCGACCUGGGCACAGCUGUGAGGCAGCACUACUCCGUGUUAUGAAUGAUGUUCUUUGUAGUGCUGACCGUGGCGAUCUAACAAUUUUGGUUCUGUUGGAUCUCAGUGCUGCCUUUGAUGUGAUCGACCAUGAGCUUCUUCUGUCAAGACUUCUGAAUGUGGCAGGCAUUACUGGAAAUCCACUUCGCUGGUUUUCUUCUUAUCUGACUGAAAGGACUCAGCGUAUUGUAGUGAAGCAGGCAUCUUCCAUGGACACUUCCGUUACCUGUGGUGUGCCACAGGGCUCAGUUUUAGGACCUAUUCUGUUCUCCAUGUACACUAGCCACCUGGGCAAAAUUAUUGAAAGUCAUCAUAUUUCCUGCAAAAUAUUUGCAAACAACACAGAACUAUACAAGUGUUUCCGCCCUGAUCCCUUGGAGUGUGCUACUGCUGUUCAGGCUAUCAAGGACUGCUGUCUUGCUGUGAAAGAUUGGAUGUCAUCAAACAGACUAAAAUUAAAUGAUGAUAAGACUGAGGCAAUUAUUUGUGGUUCAGACGCCAAUCUUCGGAAAGUUAGUUAUCCUCGACUGUCAGAGAUCUUGGUUUUUAUAUUGACAGUAAACUUAGUAUGAGUCCCCAUAUCAGUUCUGUUGUCAAUGCAUGCUUCUGUCAUCUGCGUGCCCUGGGUCAGGUACGUCCUCAACUCUAUAGGAGAACAGCCAAUGCUGUAGCAGUAACUCUAAUUAAGAUUAGAUUACUGUAAUAGUUGUUUGUGGGGUUUACCUCAGAACCAAAUUCAGAGACUCCAAAAUAUACAAAAUACUGCAGCACGCAUUGUAUCGCGGAUGAAAAAAUCUGACCACAUCACCCCAGUUCUACGAGAUCUCCAUUGGGUUCCUGUGAGUGAGCACAUUAACUACAAAAUUCUGUCCCUGGCUUACAGCUUCAUAGAUGGCUGAGCACCGGAAUAUCUCAAGGAAAUGAUUUAUAAACAUGUAUUCAUGAAGAGCCUGCGGUCUUCAACACAGUACUUGCUGAGUGUUCCUAGUGUGGAUAAACACAGAAAAAAAGUCUUACUGAGUGCACUCUUUUGAAAUGAUAGCGCCAAAAUUAUGGAACAGUUGGCCUCAAUCUUUGAGGGGAAUUGUAAAUGAUAAAAAAUCAUUUAAGAAACAAUUAAAAACUUUUUUGUUUAAAUAGAUUUCGGAGGACUAGAUAGCAGUGAGCAUGCUAAAAUGGCAUGGGGACCGGCGUGAUAUAAAUAUCAAAUCAAUCAAACAACAGGGAGCGCAUUGUAUCUAUGAAACACAAGUGAUGUAAAUAGUGUCCCUUUGAAUGGAUAUUAGCAUAAUUGGACAUACAAUCCACAAGAUUAACAGAUCACAUUAUAAGUGUCAUUGCAUGUUAGGGCUUUUUUAAAAUAAAAAGUUAUUGGUUGGCAUAAUACAUUGAUGGCUUUAAACUGUCAUUAAAAAUAUUUAAUAUCGUCAUAGUCCAAUAUUUCCCAUCUUUUUAUGUUUUGCCAGAACCAAGUAUUUUGUGUUAGUUAUUUCUUUAUUGAAUGCUAAGAAGUUUAUAUUUGUUAGUGUAAGACUUAGUAUUCAUUUCUGUGGAGAGUUAAUUCUUUUUAAUGUUUAUUAUUUUGUGAUAUUAUUCAUUUGUUUUCUUUUUUUCAUAAAGUACUAUAAUUCUGGAGCACUUAACUGUCUUCUUUUCAACAGUAGUAUAUUUGAAAUCUCUCUGGUUUUUUCUACACUUCCAUAAUUUUACAAUUAGUAAAUUUGUUUUUUACCUCUUAGAACAUGAAACAGUUUCAGAUUCUUUGACUAGAAGGGAGCGUAACAUUGUCUUGUCUAAACAUGACAGUAUUCUAUUUUUUUUUUAAUUAAAAAAUCUAUUGAUGCUAAUCAUAGUCAUAAAAUAACCUUUUUAUUUCUUAAUUUAUUUCAAAGGCUUGGGGCAAAAUCACAGCCUGAAUCAAAGUGCCCUGAAUUGCUGGCUAAUUUCUGUGAUAUGUUGUUGAGAAAAACCACUAUUAGUAAGCGUCUGACACCAGAAGAGGUUGACAAGAAGUUAAAAAAUGUUGUAAGUUUGUAGAUUUUAACAUUGCCCGUCUUGAUAAAAUAUUUUUUUUGUAUCUCAACUCAUAAAAUAGUUUGGGCUAAAGCAACCAUUAGUCAACUGCAAUUUAAUGUUAAAAAUGUGGACAUAAGCAUAAUGUAACCGUAAAACAUAAUAUUUUUGGCCAUAUGGUAAGCUGUUGGUGGAUUUUUAAUAUCAAGAAUUGCCUCCCCCAUUUUUCUCCGGCCGAAAAGAUAUUAAGGAAAAAUAUUGUUAUCAACAAUGGGAGUCGCUUAGUCACUUCCUUGUUUGGUCACGUGAUGUGAGUAAGCCAUCACUAGGCUGCUACACACAACAAAAGAUACUUCAUGAGUGCUUCCCCAAUGUCAUGUUAAUUAAAAAUUUUACCUUUCGUAAUAUUAUGGAAUGCAAGCGUUUUUUAAAUGAAAUACAUAAAUGUGACAAUAAAUAUACGUCAGUUAUAAUUAAAGGAAGAAAGUUAUUUCAAGAAAAAUUUGUGAGCGAUAUUCGAUGGGAACUAUCAAUACUAUUAUCGGCAGGAUGUUGUUGAGCUCCGUGCGUGCUCAUGACGUCAUUUGCGUUUUUAUUCAAUAUUGAUGCAGGAGUCAUUCCCCUUUGUUUAUUUUAUUGUUAAUUUUCAUUGGACGAAAUGUAGUGUAGUUGUAGUGUGUAGCGGGCUACUGUUGUCAAGCACUAGUGUGUUGUAUACAGUAUACCGGAAAUCUUACUCGUUUUUACUCACAUCACGUGACAAAAUAAUUGACUAAGCGACUCCCAUUAAUCAUCCAGACAAUAUAUAUUGUAGUGCAAAUUAUAUUUAUCAAGAGAAACUUUUUUCCAAGAAGCUCUAAUGUUGCUUAAAAGCAUUAAGCUGGUCCACUACGUUGGUCUGACAGAAAAUGAGCAUGAGCUCAAAUGAUCUUUUGGCUUGUUUCAAUGGUUGUCUCUUUUGAAAACCUGAUAGCAUAGAGGGAUUAUUAUUUAUUAAGAGAGACAAGGCUACAACCUUGACCUUAGGAUGAGGAAGUGUGAUUUUGUUUUCUUUGAAACGCUUGACCAUUUGUUAUGUUGAAUUAAGAACCACCAGGCUAAUGGCAGGAAGAGUGUGGGGGAAAAUAAAAACAGUGAGAGGAGUAGUUGAAAAUGAAUUUUUUUUCUCUUUUUUUUUUACUGUUCUUAAAAUUACUUUUUUUUAAAAUGUUCUUGAUAAUUUAUUUUGAUAAGGGAACAUAAAUCAUCUAUAAAUAAGCUACAUGCUUUGUAUAUCUUUUUUAUACCAGCUGUUGGUGCUAAAAUAUGUCCAAAAUAAAGAUGUUUUUAUGCGGUAUCAUAAAGCCCAUUUGACUAGACGACUGAUCUUGGAUUCUUCAGCAGACAACGAGAAAGAAGAAAAUAUGGUUGAGUGGCUCAGGGUAAGUAAUGUUUGGUUCUUCAAGUCAAAAAUGAGAAUAAGUCACAUUAUUAUUAAUUACAAUUUUAUAUAAUUAUUUUAAAUGUUAUAAUGUUAUGUAAUUUUAAGAAGAGAAAAAUGCGCUAAAAAAAAUUGAAGGGGAAAAGCUUGAAAUAAAUUUCUUAAUAGCCACAAUUGAACCUUCUCAUCCCGAAACUGCUGCUAACCAUCAUUAGUAACUAAUAGACAGGCCAAACUAGUCAUGGUUACAAUACUUUUAUAUACUUGUGAUUGUAGUGCUUGCCUCCUCAUCCUUUUAUCACUGCUUUCCUUCCCUCUUAACCAAACACUUUGCCAAUUAGCGAAACACUUUGCAAAAUUCAUGGUCUUUUUAAACAAUCAUUUUCCUAUAAAAGUUUCACUUUGUCAAAAUCAUGGUCUUUAUAACCAUAAUUUGCACUAAUUUUAACAGCUUUUCUUCUACUUUAUCCCUCUGAGCCUUUGAGUAGCUGGUACUUUUUUGUCAGCCACUGCUCAAGAACUGCAUAUACUGGUACACACCAAAACUUCUCAUGGGAGUUAAGAGAAGUCUAAGUGUUAUCUUGAAUUUUCUUUAAAUCUUUCUUAAAUGUAAUUUUUUUGUUCUCCUGUUUCCCAGGCAUAUUCUUUUGUCAAUUGACAUCAUCCACUGAUGAUUCAAAGUCAUCCCAGAUUUAGACCAUAUAAAUGCUUUUUUUCAUCAGAUGUAUUUUAAAAAUAUUUAUAUUUUUUUUGUUUUUUGUAUACAAAACACAUUGCCUUUUUUUAAUUACACAAUUAUCAAGUUACUGUGUGACUUUUACAGCUCUUAAAAAUGAUAUUUUUGAACCACUUCAACCCUGCUGUCUGGUCAUUUCUGGCUCUAGUCUGGGCUCUACAACAGCACUCCUGUCUUGAAAAAACAGUGACACCAAAGUUUUUUACUGUGCUUUGUUUCUUGUUGUAUUUUUAUUCGCUGAAGAAGCCUCUAAGCUGAAACGUUCAUAUCUUGUUGUCCUGUCUACUGAUUCAAGCUUAAGCAUGCCUAGUUCUACCACUGUCCAAAUGUAUAGAUAUCUUCUUUAAUGAAUACUUCCCAGUUCUGUGCCUGUCCCAGUAUAAAUCUCAGUUUGGUAUAAAAUAAUUUAUACUGUCUACCUUAGAUAGUCUAGUACAUGUUGCUUAUAUCAGAAAUUGGCUGGUAUCAAAUUCCAUUUUCAAUGUAACUAAGUUAGACUUUCUAACCCCUUCACACUCAAAUAAUAUUUAUUUUUGGAAAUAAAAACAAAUGUCUUACCCAUGCCGGACGCCCCCAUCGCCCAUCCUAGGUAUGCCACUUGUCACACCUACUUCUAUUGGUCCCGGUUUCAACCUUUAAAAUUGUGCUAAGCCUACUGACUUCCAAGACUUCUUUUGCUAACAUGUCAAGUAAAUAACAUAUACAUGGCAUAUUUCUGCAGGGUUUAACAUUUUUAAAAGCAAAGAGUAUAACAUGAUUAGUCUUUGCAAGAUUGAUUGAGUUACAAUGAAAUGCUGUACUUAUUCCAUUCAGGAUGUUGGUAUGCCAGCAGAUUUUGUCAAUAAGUUACAAAGAAUGUUCCAAGACAUCAAGGUCUCAGAGGAUCUGAAUUACGAAUUUAAAGAAGCUCAUAGAAAUAAUAAUGAGGGCAUUGCAGGUAAUUGACAAAUAAUAACAUCAUUAAUUUUGAACUAUUACAAUGGACUUAUAAUUGAGAGAGGAAGGUCGUGAAAAGGAAAAAAAAUUCCAAUCAAACAUUUCAACCACGUUGCAGCAUAAAUAAAAUGUAUGGGAUAAGCUGGUAUAAAUCAGUACAGCAUUAUGAUAAAAGGCUGUGACCUAACCAAUUUAGACCUGUAUUAUCAGAUAUUGACUCUAAAAAACCAGUUCGUCAUAAGAGUAACAAUUAUGAUUUAAAGAAUGUAUUUUUUAACACUCCUCUUACCAAUGAAUUAUAAAUAUUAAAAUACUCUGUUGAUAAAGUAAUUAAUUUUCAAAGGUGUUUCAACCCCGUAACUAUUUUUAAAAAAAAUACUAACUAGCUUUCCAGUGCAAUUAUCACACAAACACCAUAGAUGCGUUUAAAUGUCAUUCCAAUUAUCAUCCUGCGCACAAGGAUCUUCAAAUAGAGAAUUGUUAAAAUUUCAUUGUUUUUUUUUUUUGGUGCGAUAAGAUAGCAUAGGCCAACAACAAAAAAAAAAACUUUUUUCUUUCUGCUUUGAUUUUAGGCCUUUUCCUGUUAUGUUCAAAAUGGAGCUGGAAAUGUUUCCUUUUAAAUAUUAUUUGUAUUUGUUGCAAAUACGGUCCAAUACCAUUAUUCAAACAGUAUGAAAGAAGACUCAAGGCCAUUUCAUUAGUCUUUAAAAUAUCAACCACAUUAACAUGUGAUUUUGUAGAUAGGAAAAUAAUUGGGGUGGUUGGGGAGGGGGGAUUUGGUUUACAAUGUGGCUACACAAAGGUAUCCUUACUUCUUAUAUCUUUUGGGAAAGUAGAGCUAAACAUGAAAAUUUUUCAUGAAACCCUAGACCUCCAAGGGAAAUAUCUUGGUCUGAGGAAUAAAUGUAAUCAAUAAAGAUUUCAUAUAGCACACUUUACUUAUUAUUAUGUUUCAUACUUAAUAAAUGACAUAUGGAAAAUAUUUCAAAAACUAAGCAGAAAUCUUGUGCCAUUUUUAAAACCAACCGGUCAAAUAUACCUAGAAAUGAGUAUAACAUUAGAGGCAUCAAAGUUUGUUUCGCCAUUGUAGUAUAAAAAAAGUUUGUAAUGACCACUAAUUUAACUAUUGCAGAGUUUUUUUUAAAAAUCUAACAAUUAUUGAACUUCAACUAUUUAUAAGUAUUUGUUAUUUUUUAUUAAAAAUUAAAAAAAUUAGAUUGUUUUGGUAAUAAGGAAGCUUGCUCUAAACACUUAAGUAGAACACAGGUGUAUAAUGUUUUCACUUCCUUUUUUCUUGAAUAAAAAAGGAGAAAAGAUGUUUGAUAAUCUUGAUGUGUAUGAUACGAUUUUUGAAAUCAAUUCUAAAUAUAACAUACUGUAUCAAAUAAAUGUGAUUAAAAAAAAUGAUUUUUGCAGUAGAAAUAUUUCAGUUGAAUUGGUUUACAAAAUCAUUUUCUUAACUCAGAAAGUUUGCCUACAAGAAUUUUAAAACAUUCAUUUAACAUUUAUUUUCCUAGAUGCCAUAAAUAUAAAAAUUUUAAAUGCGGGAGCUUGGGCUAGAUCUAGUGAAAGAAUGCCAGUAUCUCUACCAUUGGAAUUAGAAGAUUACAUCCCACAGGUACUGUAAUAUAUCUCAUGAAAAAACAAAAACAAUCAUGUAAUCUUUUUAUUUAUUUUUACUUAAAAAUACAAACAGGAUUGAGGUAAUUUAAAGCAAUUGAUUUAAUUCAUUGACUUUUUUCAACAAAAUGAAUUUACUAUUGUUUAUAAAUUUGAUUAAAAAGUACAAUGAUUGGUUAAAUACUUAAAAAUAGACAUGCUUGUUUGAUAUUGAAUUUGCCUUGGUUAGGUUAAUAGGCUAAUAGGACAGGGAGGGAACUGCUAUGAUUUUCCCCAGAUGUAUUAUAAUUCUAUUAUAUUUAAAUUAAAAAUAUAUUGAUGGUAUGAAUAAUUUUGUAUUCUGUAAGGAAAGAUACAAUUUCAUUUUAUGAUUUCUCUACUAACCUCUGCUACAUCACAAUAGUUUUGAAAUAUGAUUAUAAUUGAACAGGUCGAGGAAUUUUACAAACAUAAGCACAGUGGGAGAAAGCUUCAGUGGCAUCAUGCUAUGUCUAAUGGUGUUGUAAGUUGUUUUUUUAAAUUUUAUCAAUUACCUAUGAAUGAUGCUUAAGUAGGUCUAUUACAUAUUUUUACAUUUAUAAUUUGAAAAUGUCCGUAUCCUUCAUUUAUCAUUUUCUCUUCUCAGCCAACACACUGCAUUUUUCAAAUACUCAAACAAAUCCAUGGGCUUUGAUUCUCACUCUUAGUUAUUCUAUUUAGAUAUAUUAUUAACCCAUCUCUUUAUCUGUCUGCCUUCAUUUCACUCUUCACAUAUAAUCAUAUACUUGUUUAACUGUAUUAAACAUCUCUGUGUGUCUCUUGUAACUUCUAUAUCACUCUCUUCUUUGUCUCUUUAUCUCUGUCUCUUUGUUUUUAAUUCAUUUAUUCAGUCUCUUUGUCUUAUUUCAGAUUUUUAGAAAUAAAAAUAUUGUGGUUGAUAAAAAAUGGGUACAACUACAUUGAUAAUCUAAAUCUAUUUAAAUGUUAGUUUAAUAUUUAAAUUGAACUUUUAAUUUUUAAAACAUAUGUUCCUUAGAAAUUGUGUGUAAGAAUUUAAGGUAUCUGAGUUGUUAAAUAAUUGAUUACAAAGGAACUAAGCCAUUAAAUUAACUUAACAAAAACCAACUGUUGAAAAACAAUUGGGUGGCUUAUGUUAGCUACUAUUUCAUGACAUUGAUUGAUGAAAAGAUUAUUUUAUAACUUCUAAAUUUUUUUCUGUGUCAUUGUUAAAAAAUAGAUUACAUUUUCUAAUGAUGUGGGCCGGUACGAGUUAGAGGUUACAACCUUCCAAAUGGCUGUACUUUUUGCUUGGAAUCAGCGACCACAAGAAAAGUUGUCAUAUGAAAGUCUCAAGUUGGCAACAGAACUUCCAGAUAAUGAGCUUCGGAAAACUCUACUGGUAAUAAAUCAGCUUAAUUAGAUGAGGGUAUUAAAGAAAUUGUUUCUAUAAAUAAAUAUAAACAUUUUUAGUAUUAGCUUUAUGUGACAAAUACUCCUACAGCUUAGAGGUUUCAAGAAGCAUAGUAGUGUGAUAGAGAAAUUUUCUUUUAGAAUACCUACAUGAAGCUGUUCUUUAAAAAUCUUGUCUAAUUUUCCAAUAAAUGCAAUCUAUAAAAAACAGAGCUUUUCUAUAACUUUUAUCAUUUCAUCAUAAUUAAAGAAAUUCACUUUGAAUGGAAAAGAAAUAAAACUAUUCAGGCAUUAGAUCUGUUGUUUAUGAAUUCAUAACAAAACCAUGAAGCUGUUGUAAAGAAAGAAUAACUUUAGACACUCUUCAAUAAUUACUCUAAUUAAAUGUCAUAUUAUACCACAUAUUACUAAUACUUAGUGAUAUCAUAAUCAUACUAUGUUUAUUUAAAUAAAAAUAUUUUAUUAUUUAUUAAAUUAUAAUGAUUUUAAAAAAUCUAACAAAAAUCUAUUUUUAAUAUGCUAAAAAAAGUUUAUUGUUUUUUGAAAAUCAACAAAUUAUCAAUUUCAAAACCCAUUACUGGAAAUUCUUUUAUCGUUUAAUGUCCUUAGUUCUGAUUUAUAAAUAAAACUCACUAAUUUGUGAAGAACACCUACGGCAAUGCAUUGUUAGUCAUUAUUCAAUAUAGUAUUUAAUUUUCAGAAUGAAUUUGGCUGUGCCUUCAAAUUAAAAUCAUAAAAUAUAUUCCAUUUUGAAUUUAAAAAAUAUAAAUUUGAUAAAUCUCAUAUUGUGUCUGCCCUAUGGUUCCCAGAAAUUUGUUUGAAAGAAAUUUUGUUGACGGAAAAUUUAUAGACGGAAAUUUCAAUCGAAUGGAAAUUUGGGCGAAUCUUAUUUUCAGUUCACAUUUUAAAAUUUUUGUCAAAUUUCUAUUUGAACGCAUUAUACUAUAAAGUAAAACAAAAUAAUGAGUUCAAAAAGAAAUUUCAACGCGUUACUGCAAAAUAGAUUUUACCAAAUUUCCGUUGAUCAGUUUUCGUCGAUAUUUCUUUCAAACAAAUUUCCAGAUACGCUGCCCCAUGUCUCUUGGGGAUAGUUGGGUUAAUGUUUAAAAAUAUGGCAACUUGGGUUUUAAUCUCUUAUUACCUUGACUGACUGAGAGAUGUUUGUCCUGUUUCAAAUCUUUGAGUCCUUUGGUAGAUUGAUAAUUAUAAAUUAGUUUCACCUUUUUGAGUCCUUUGGCAGAUUGAUAGUAUAUAAAUUAGUUUAAUCUUUUUGAGUCCUUUGGCAGAAUGAUAGUGUAUAGAACUAAAACUUAAAAAAUGGCAUAACUCACUGUUAAAUUUUGAAAUAACAAAAAUUAUAAGUUGUAAUGAUAAGACUGAUGCAAAUAAAUUAAUCCAGCAAUAAAAAUUUAAAUAAAAGGUGGCCAAAUAGUAUGCAGGUACUUUACUUUUAGCAAAUACAAAGAAAUUAUGUUCUGCAGGUUUAAUGGAUUGUUCUCAUAUCAUCAAAGUAAGAGGUUUUUCUUAAAAGUUAAAUCAUUUAUGAUGAGAUAAUUUUAAAGUUGUAUAAAACCACACGUUUACUAAAUUGUAAUAUUUUUUUUUUAAAUUUCAUAGUCUCUUAUGUCUUCAAAGAAUAAGAUACUUCUCAGCUCUCAUGAAAUCAAAACUUUAAGAGAUUUUAGUGAUAACACUGAGUUCUGGAUCAAUCAACAGUAUGCAUUCACGUAAGUUUAACCUUAUAGUGCAAAUUGUUUAGUUACAUUUUUAUUUGUUAAAAUUGCUUGAAUUUUUUCCAUGUCUUUCAACUAAUUAAUAUUUUUCAAUAUCAUCUAAUGCAUUUUGGUUAUGAUACUUCCUUAUUCAAGUCAGCUAUUUUUAAUAACAAUAAUUUAUUUGACUUUUACUGGUACUGAUGUUAUAUAGUAUGAGAGUUAUUUUUUUAAGAUUAAAAAAUAAUUACAUAAAUUUUCUUAAUAUUAACAUUUUAAAUGUUAUCAUAAUUUAGAUUAUUUUUAUCCAUUAUCUUAUGUUCUUAUCAAAUAAUGUGCAUCAGAUUUUAAUUAUAACAAACUUUUAUUAUUUCAAAUCAUUCAGCAAAUUUGGUAAAGCACAGAAGAGAGGAAAAACAAACCUUAUUGGUAGAUUACAGCUGACAACAGAAAAAAGUAGAGAAGAAGAUAAUGAGGGGAUUAUGCAGCUUAGAAUACUUCGUGUUCAGGUAAAGGAGAAAAAAGUAAAAACAUUUGACAUGUAAACAAAGAAAAUCUUGUGUUAAAAUAUUUUGACUGACAAAAUUCCAGGGAAGAGCUAAUAUUUUGCUUAUUAAGCUAUUGAAAUAUCUUUUAAACAAUCUGAAUAAUACUUCAAACCUUGAAAAAUUCUGUUUGCAUGCCUCUGAUUGUUUUUGUGGAGGGUACCCAUAUGUUAUGUACGCAGAAAAAGGGGAGUUCUCUGAUUAAAAUUUGCAUAAGGGAGAAUUUAGGAGGUGGGGACUAAUAUCUCUAAAUACACUAAAUGCGCUGUACACACUAAGCAGGCCUAAGGCAUCUGAUCCUUUGUUUUUUGGUGCUUAUAUUAUACUACAAUUUUAGAUGUAAGUGCGAGCACCACUGUGGCUGCAUCUGGCUGUUUAAAUGAAUAAAUUUGGGUUUUUCUUUUAAAUAUGAUUUUAAUAAUAACCACCCAUACAAGGAAAAAUUUAAACGUACAUUUAAAGAAAAAUUAUUUUAUUAAUUUCAUUUUAUAAAACAAGACAUUUUUCCUGUUACAUCUACAAAUUUCUUUCCCGCUUGAAUAAAAUAAAACUUGAAAUUUGUUUUACAAAAUGUAAUCUUUGAACUACAAAAUAUGGCUACUAUUGAUUACAACAUUUUAAACAAGUCAGAUGAUAUUAAAUUCAUUAUGUUUUUUUAUGACCUCUCCAUUUUCUACCAGUUGCUAUGCUACUAACUUGUCAACUGAUGAUAAAGUACACGCUUUAAUAAAAAUAUGAAUUGAUUGUUUCGGUAUAAUGCCAGCGGACGAUAUAUUGCAAUAGUCCAAAAACCUGUGAAAAGGAAUUUGGCGGCCCUGUUUUUGUUGCAGCAAGUAGCACAUGGUCACAGAAAGUUGAGAAUCCAUGUAAAAAAUAUGAACGCACCUUAAGAAUUACCAUUGUUGUCAUAUUUGCGACAAUAAAAACAGGCUAAUUUUCAUAGCUAUAAUGGCAGAAUGAUGUGAUCAACAUAUCAAUGUGUAACAAUGUGGAUGAAAAAAAAUGGGAUAAUGAAUGGCUCUUAUGUCAUCAUACCCAUUUCAUGAGUUUUCAGUCAUAGUUCAAAGCAAUCACCAUUUUACCUCAUUACAAGCCUUUUUACAUAACAAUUAGUGACACUUAGGCAGCAGUUAUAUUUAUUUUUCAUACUGGGUACUUUCAAAUAAUAAUAUUUCUGCUAAAAAAAAUUUCAAGCAAUCACUUUUUAAUUAUUCACAAAUCCUAUAAUUGCACAUUUAUGAAGAGGAAUUACUCUAAAGUUCAGGUUGCCAAGAAAUAAAAAUGGAAUUUUUUUCUUUAAAAGUUAUGUGGACAGUGUUUUCCAUAAACAAAAGCAUAAAUAAGACCUUUGAAUAAAUUUAAUUCUAUCCACAUAAUACUUAAUGUGUAAUAAAAAUUCCUUUCUAACAGGAGGCCAUUGUCAAGAUCAUGAAAAUGAGAAAGAAACUGACAAAUGCAGCUUUACAAACAGAGCUGGUUGAAAUUUUAAAAAACAUGUUUUUGCCUUCCAAGAAACUUAUCAAAGAACAAAUUGAAUGGCUUAUAGAACACAAGUAUAUGAAAAGAGAUGAAGAUGAUAUAAACACUUUUAUCUACAUGGCAUGAACUCGAGACUCACUGUCCUGGAAGACCAAAGAAUCUUUAACUCGGAUCAUUUUUCAAAACUUCACCCUGAUCUCUCUGAUCUGUAAGAAAAGCUUAGUAUGGAUCCCAGUGAGAGAUUUAUUUAAAAAACUUGGAUCACUGUGGGCCUAAGGGUACUGACUUCAAGCACAGGGCUCCAUUUGGACAAAGUUAAUUAUAUGUAAUCUGUAAGCAACUAUUUUUUUUUUGCCAUUGAUAGUUUCAAUAUUUAUGCUUGAAAUUUGUGAAACUUAAAGAUAAGGGUGUCAAGACAAUAUUUCAACACUUUCGUGCUUUGCUUAAAUUUUACAAACUUCAUCUGGUUGGCAAACAUUUUUUGAAAGGGCUUAAUUGUUAACAUAUAAGUUGCUGUUGACCACUAGGGGGCCUACAGUUUAUCCCUCGGCGUCCAUGUUGAGACAAGAGGCAAAACAGAGGUGUCCCCCAACUGGAAAAGGGACACAUGUCCUCUCAUGUGUUAUGCGAUUUAACUUUUGAAAGCUAUUAAAUCCUCUUACCUUACAAGAAAUUAAUGAUGUACCGGUAUGUAACUUGGAGAGCAAAUUCAAUUCUUAGGAGCAGCUUGUUGAAAAUUGCCCUGAGAUUGGAUUGAUAAGAAAACAUUUUAAGAAGUGAUGGGGGUGUUGGAAAUACUUUUGGUUACCCAUGCAUCUAGCCUUGCUGGCUUUUUAAAAGAUAUAUAAUGAAUGCCUAGUAACAUCCAUACUUUGUUUUCUGGUGCCAUUCAAGAAGUAUUGGCAGCCAAGGGUUUGCCGACCCAUCUUUGAUUAGAAAUUUUUAUUUUUUUAAGACAUUGGGAAUUUAACGGAUGCUGCAGGGAAAAAUUAAGAAAACAAUUAAACAUCUUUAGAGUACAUACUGAGGUUAUCUUUUUUUAAAAGAGGUGUUCCUCACAACGGUCUCACGAUUUAAAUUUUCUUCAAAAACAAAAUCCUUGCCUAUAAGGGUUUGAAGCAAUGUGAUAAGAUUUAUUUAUAUUCAACUAAUGUAUCAGUUGAACUUAACUCACCCACAAAGACAUAUUAACAGUGUGGGCUCUAAGGUUGUGUUUUAAAAUUUCAUGACUUGGUCUGACUAGACAUUAAAAAAAAAUUUAAAAUAUCAACAAAAUUUACAGCAUAUUUUGACUAACACGUGCUGUAUAAUUUUGUAAAAAUGAUUGCAAUCUUGUGACACCUACAUGAUGAAAUGAAUUGUAUCUUAUUUAGUUAUUUUUUAAAGUUUAGUAGUUAUUGUUAAUUUGAUAGUUCAUGGUAAAGUUAAUCUACACCAACUUCUAACUGGUCACUAAUGAUAUAUUCAAAUCGGUUUAUGCUUACUUUAAUGUGUCAAUUUUAAAAUAAAAGUUACAUUUUUCAUACAAGUAACUGGGAAAAAUUAAAUCAAGUGGGUGAAAGCUUUAGAGAAUGUUUCAACUAUGUAAGCAGAAAUUGGUAUACAUCGUUGAAUGAUAAGGUUUGACUAUCUGGAUUUUUAUCUUUGUCACAUAAUUAAGAACAGAUUGUUAUCAACUUACAAUCCUUGUUUACACGACACUGCAUGCUUACCGGAUAAUUAUUAGGAUGCAUGUUCAAACUUACCAGUAAAAGAUUGCAUAGAGACAUUACAUCAGUGAGUUAUUACACAAUUUGUUUUUAUAUAAAUAAUAUUUUCUCCUAGUUGUAUCUGAAUAUCAUGUUGUAUGUGAGCAGAGAAUUUGAAUAAUUAAUUUUUGCAUAAGAGAUUUAGUGUAUCAAAAUAUGUGCAAGCUUUGUAAUUUUAUUUCUUUUGCAACCUUGGGUACUUAAAAGUCUUCAAUUAUAUACAAAUGAAAGUGCAGACAUUGUGUAAUUCAUUGUUGGUUUAUGUCAUUUGAAAUCCUGGAAAUAACAUUUGCAGUGGACGAUUAUGUGACCUUUGAUUUAAUUGAAUCCAUUCUGUUCUUUUAAUGUUCUUGUCUGGUGUGAGCUAUGGUUAUUCAACUACUCUUAGACGGCCUCCAUUGCACAUUGAUUGUUUGUUACAAAUAAUGUACAAUCCUUAAUUUAUUUUAGCUCUUAAAAAAUGGUGUUGCAGGAUCUACAUUUAUGUCACAAUUUGAGUUUUUCUUUUUAAAUUAAAUGAUUUUUAAUUUUUUUUUAAAAAUGUGUAUUAAAAUUUCACAAAUUUUUAUAAUCUUGUCUGAAUCAAACAAAUUGUGUAAGUCAAUAGAGGAUCACAUGAAUGAAGCAAAUACAUUGUGGGUAUUAAUAAUUAUACAACAGUUGUAGCUUAGAGACCACAAGUGAAGUUAUAAAGGAAAAGACAAUAAAUAGGAGGGUGAAAAAAUCUCUUUGUAGCCAAUUUAUUUAUCGAUCCUUCACCUCAGAACAUAAGGUCACAUGAUCUCCACUUUUCCUCCUAACAAAAA